UAUGUACAGCGAAGAAGAAGAAGACGAGGCAGCUGCAAUAUUCACCACAAAAACACACUGUUUUGUUGGCCAUGUUGGUGGUUAGCAGCAGCAGGAUUGGUGUAAUGGAGGCUGCUUUAUCCCUUUCUCUAUCUCUCUCCAAACACUCUCUCCUCCCAGCUCACAGACUUGUCCACCAUUUCUCUCCGAGAUGCACCCUCCGCAAUCAUCAUUUGCAUCGCCACCGGAGGACCACCAGAUUCUCCGCCGUCGCCACUCAAGUCACAGAAACACCCCCAUCCACCGCUCCUGUUCUACCCACUAACCAGUCCUCCCAGACGCUCCUCAGGAUUCGCCACACCUGUGCUCAUGUGAUGGCCAUGGCUGUUCAAAAGAUUUAUCCACAAGCAAAAGUCACAAUUGGCCCUUGGAUCGACAAUGGCUUCUAUUACGAUUUUGAUGUGGAGCCUCUCACUGACCACGACCUUAAGAAGAUUAAGAAGGAAAUGGAUCGCAUUAUUGGUAGGAAUCUGCCCUUAAUCAGAGAACAAGUCACCAGGGAUGAAGCACAAAAAAGGAUUAUGGCCAUCAACGAGCCCUACAAAAUGGAGAUUCUCCAGAGCAUCAAGGAGGAGCCUAUCACUAUCUAUCACAUAGGUGAUGAAUGGUGGGAUCUUUGUGCUGGCCCUCAUCUAGAAUCUACUGGUAAUAUCAAUAGAAAAGCUGUUCAGCUUGAAUCUGUUGCUGGGGCUUACUGGAGAGGAGAUAUAACUAAGCCAAUGCUUCAAAGAGUAUAUGGCACUGCAUGGGAGAAUGAAGAGCAGUUGAAAGCCUAUCUUCACUUCAAGGAGGAGGCUAAAAGGCGGGAUCAUCGCCGAAUAGGACAAGAUCUUGAUUUAUUUUCUAUACAGGAUGAGGCUGGCGGCGGAUUGGUUUUUUGGCAUCCAAAGGGUGCUAUCAUGAGACAUAUAAUUGAAGAUGCCUGGAAAAAGAUUCACCUACAGCGUGGCUAUGAUCUCCUCUAUACCCCACACGUGGCAAAAGCAGAUCUCUGGAAGAUUAGUGGUCAUCUGGACUUUUACAAAGAAAACAUGUUUGAGCAGAUGGAGAUAGAGAAGGAACUUUAUCAGCUUCGACCAAUGAAUUGCCCUUACCAUAUUUUGGUCUACAAAGCACAGCAACAUUCCUAUAGGGAUUUUCCAAUCAGGGUUGCAGAGCUUGGAACGGUGUAUAGAUAUGAGCUGUCUGGAAGUUUACAUGGUCUAUUCCGAGUACGAGGAUUUACUCAGGAUGAUGCCCACAUCUUUUGUUUAGAGGAUCAAAUCAAAGAUGAAAUCAGGGGUGUCUUGGAUCUUACAGAGGAAAUACUGCUGCAGUUUGGGUUUGACAAGUACGAAGUGAACCUGUCAACAAGACCAGAGAAAUUUGUCGGAGGUGAUGAAAUAUGGGACAAAGCAACCGCUGCUCUAAAGGACGCUCUAAAUGACAAAGGCUGGAGUUAUCAAAUCGAUGAUGGUGGUGGUGCUUUUUACGGCCCCAAAAUUGAUCUCAAAAUAGAGGAUGCUCUGGGUAGGAAGUGGCAGUGCUCGACCAUACAGGUUGAUUUUAAUUUGCCUGAGCGGUUUGACAUGACAUAUGUGGACUCUGAUCAAGAGAGAAAGCGACCAAUCAUGAUACAUAGAGCAAUUCUUGGAUCGCUGGAGCGCUUUUUUGGAGUUCUUAUUGAACAUUAUGCUGGAGAUUUUCCAUUAUGGCUUGCUCCAAUUCAGACUCACUUGUUACCCAUAACCGACUCACAGCUGGAUUACUGCAAGAGGGUGCUUGAAAGAUUGAAAGCUGAUGGGAUUCGAGCUGAAAUAUGCCACGGGGAGAGGAUAUCAAAACUUAUUAGAAGCUCGGAAAAGCUUAAAAUUCCACUGAUGGCUGUAGUUGGAGCAAAAGAGGUAGAAAAUGAGACAGUGACUGUAAGAUCUAGGUUUGGUGGAGAGUUGGGAACCAUGGCAGUUGAUGAAUUUGUCACCAGAAUCAAGCAUGCAAUUCAAGACAGGACUUCGUUUUAGUUCAAGGACUAAAAAGCUGUUUCUGUUUUCAACUGUAACACCUCAGUUAGAUGCUCUGCUCCUUCCAUUGUACAGGACCGAGUUCUUUGUCUCCCUCACCUCCACAGGCUGGGCCAUGAUUUUGAACAUAAAUAUAUAAAAACUUUGUUGGCAA